AUGUCGUCCCUUCCCUUACUCCUCUACAUAUCCUUCCUGUUCCUCUUCGCUCGCGCUGAGCUCAUCAACACCCUUCCUCAACGAUUUCAAAACGUGACCAAAGCCUUGCUCUUGAUCUUUAUACCAGGGAUCAUAGUCACCAGCGAACUAGGUUCAUUUCUUGGGAUUGAAUAUCUUCGUAAGGAACCCCUUCGUGAUGACUAUCAAGCUGCUCACUUGUACACCGUAGAACUUUCCCGGGACGAGGUUCUUCUUGUAGGCUUCCGAACCUCGUCGUCUGAAACUCUUUGGAGUUUCUUUACAAGUAUUUCCCUCGCUCUCUUUACUGCAUACCAAGCGAUCAACUUCGUGCUCGCGUUGUAUCGUCUCAUGAGAGUCGUUCUCUCAACCCGCAAGCAAGAAGAAGAGGAAGGCUUAAAUAGGUUCAACUCAUACGGAGUCUCCCCAUCCAAGGAGUCUAUGACGACUAGAAGCUCAGACAAGAUUACUCUAUUCAAAGGGACGGCUUGGAUACUCGCUGGCGUGAAGCUUGGUGCCGUCGAGACGGUUGUUGGCUUUGUCACAUCGGGGGGAUUCGGGGUGUCUUUGACGAGAAGGGUUUUACGCAUGUUGAGCAGGGCUUUCAUCAUCAUUGGUCUGGCAAAAGGGUUGGAUACGCUUGAAGACUUUGAAUUGGUUAAACUUGAGCUGGAUGCUGGGAAACGAGCAAAUAGGCAGUCUAGCCAGAUUCGCAAUCUUAUUUCCAACCCUCGACUCAGUACAUUCCAUAGACUAUCGCCCAGCGCUUCAGAUUUCCGUCCGAAUAAUGGUGCCGCAUCAUUAACCUACAACGACCCUGUGCCGCCGCCUCAGUACAACAGGAAACUGCAGAAGAAAUCGUCAAGGUCAACAUUCGCAGCGUCGCCAAUUAUGUCACCCAAGGCAACCCUCACGCCAAUGGACACGCCUACGAUGGCAGACUUUGCCAAGCUACGCGAGAUCGAAAGUGGAAAGCGGGUAACGAUCCGCCGGGCGAACAGCGGUGUGCCCACACUCCAUAUGCGGCUCUCUUCCUAUGAUUUGCCCUCGCCCAAUACCGUAGCCGAUAGCAUCAAGUCCAGGCCGCUUUCCGACUUUUAUGCACCCCAUCAGCCUUCUGUUCGUCCCACUCUUUCCAUCGUCUAUGGGGACGACGAGGGCAAUGUCUCUUCUGUAAAAGGUGAAGCACACUACAAUAUGAAUGCCAGCUCUCGGGCGCCCUCAACGAUGAACCCGUACUCUACGGCCUCUGGUCCACCGACUCCUUCAUUCAUCCAGCGUCCUCCUUCGUCAAUCGUCAAUUCUCUUCCUACAGUCACCACUGGUCCUUCUGAUAUGUACACUCCCUCCUUCAUCCAACGUCCGCCACCUUCGACAAUCAACUCUCUUCCGGGUUCGCCCCGUUCGAACACACGCACCCUUGUUUCCCGUAUGGCGGACGCCCAAACCCAACCUCCUUCUACAGCUACCUCUGCGACGUUCUCAUUCCUAGCAUCCCCGCCAGCACAGCCGCCAGUGACUGGAACUCCGACUCUGCUAUUACGCUCAUCAAUGACUUCCUUUAAUCAGUCCGGUAGCGCUCAACGGCCAGCAAGGCCGCUUCGCGAGAAAGUCCUUAACCCUUGGCCUGAGUCCAAUCCUCAUCCAUAUGCUCGGGCAGGAGUUGGUGACUAUCGUAUGCCCUUGGGGACUUUGACUGUAGUGAACGGGGCAUCAACACCAUCUGAUGGUUCAUCAACCCGAACUGUAACAAGCAACUCUCGUCCGGGACUCCCAGCAACUGUCAAGCCAGCACCACAAGCACGAGAAAGGCUUGAUGAACUGCCCGCUGAGCCCGCUUCAGAAACUGGACACUCUGAUUCGACGCAUUCACUUUAUUCGCAGGCGAGUCACCAGGGCGCAUCAGUCGCUAGCCACGGCAAUGCCAGGAGCGAUUCGAUGAAGAGGAGGAAAGCACCACCCCCUGUUUCACCAAUCCUAACUGUGGACACGACCGUACCCGCUGGGUACACGUUGAGUGCGGCUCAAACAAUCUUAUCUCGCAACAGCCACUCCCACACCCCCAUUGAUCUGCCGCAAAGCGCGGUACAAGAUUAUGUUCUGUCUCCGCCGCAGAGCGCAUAUCUAGAUGGAGUGGUGGCUUCCCCAGCUAAUGAUCAAAAUAGCUAUCCAGCGGCCCUCAACACGGGGCGAUCACAGGACUUCGCUGAAUGGAAACUCAGGAAGGCGAACUCUCUUCGGCGGGACAAUGAAGCAUCCCCGGCGCCUACACUGAAGAGAAGUGACUCCAAGCGCUCCACGCUGCCUACGCCGAAUGAAGACGACGAGAUGGAUGCAGAAGAGCUUCGCGCGCGCCUGCAGAAAGAUGCUAUCACCGUGCCAUGGUUGCGGGAUUCGCCAAAGAAGGACUUCGAAAUACAGAAAGCGAACCGUGUACAGUUGACAAGGAUCAAGAGUAUCGGGCGUGCACCUAGGCGCUCGACACCCACACCAGUUCGCUCGGCGCAUGCGAGAGAUAGCAUGUACAUGUCCGUCGAGACGCUUCCCCAAUCCCUCCCAACAACAUCCGCCGUAGCAGGUCCCAGGCCAAGGGGGUCAACACUUUAUUCUUAUGAUAACCAGAAAACUGCCGCUGAAGUAUAUCGGGACAGCAUUGUUGCUAACGAGGUAUCUUCUUCGUAUGGUUCUGCAUAUGGACGUGGGGUUCUGCGCGACUCUGAGGUCCUUGGCCUUGAAGCAGAUAGUCCCGUUACUGGCCGACAUCCCUUUUCCAGAAACUAG